GCGAAGGCAGACCAGACAAGUCCGGUGUAGCUAGACGAAAGGUCGCGUCCCCAACUGUGGGGUUGAGGUUUUCUUUUAUUUUGGGGCAAAGAUGAUGUCCUCCGUGCUUCGGUCCGGGGUCUUUUCCCCCUACUUUCUAGCGACUAAACACGGUGUUAAAAGCCUGGUGUUCCCUGGAGCCAAAGAGUUUCUACCUGCUGCUGCUCCAGCCGGAUCCCGCCAUGCCCACACAGACAUCAAGAUUCCAGACUUCUCUGACUACCGUCGGCCCGAGGUCUUGGAUCCCCAGAAGUCCUCCCAGGAGAGCAGUGAGGCCAGGAGGACCUUUUCCUACCUGGUGACUGGAGCUACCACUGUGAUUGCCGUGUAUUCAGCCAAGACGGUGGUCACCCAGUUUAUCUCCUCUAUGAGCGCGUCAGCUGAUGUUCUGGCCUUAUCCAAGAUCGAGAUCAAGCUUGGCGACAUCCCAGAAGGCAAAAACAUGACCUUCAAGUGGAGAGGGAAGCCACUGUUCGUACGUCACCGCACAGAGAAGGAAAUCGCAGCAGAGGCUAACGUGAAUCUGGGAGAGCUGCGCGACCCCCAGCAUGACAAAGAUAGAGUGCUCAACCCCAAGUGGGUCAUCGUUCUCGGCGUGUGCACCCAUCUUGGCUGUGUGCCCAUUGCUAAUGCAGGAGAAUAUGGUGGCUACUAUUGUCCGUGCCACGGCUCACACUACGAUGCUUCUGGACGAAUAAGGAAGGGACCUGCUCCACUCAACCUUGAGGUCCCCUACUAUGAGUUCCCAGAUGAGGAAACGGUUAUUGUGGGAUAAAAACAAAGCUUUUUAAACUCCUCCCUCUGAUAUAUAUCUUCAGUUGAUUCUCUUAGUUUGAGGGGGGCAUAAAUCCAUGCUUGCUAAUAGUUAUUUGCAAAUGCGCCGCUCAGUCUUGAGUGAAUCUUCUCCUUUUCACUCAUCUGAAUUGUUUCUGCUGCACAGACAACAAUAAAAGUACCUUAACCAUC